ACUAUUCAAUGUAGAGCUCAUGUUUGGUUUCAGUAAACUUGCCUGAAUUUUUAAGCUUCUAGCGAGUUCAUCUCUAUAUUGUUCUUUUUCUACGUCUUUUACUAAGUUGUUCAUCUUCUGUGUGUGUUGACCAUGAGUGAUAACUGAUGAAUUAGAGCUAACUUCCUUAUACAUAUAUUUGCAGAUCAGAUCAAAUGGAGGGACCAAAAUUGAAUAUGCUUUUAGGCCUGUGUCUCGUUUUCAUCAAACUCCUGUUUCAUGUUGGCAGCACAGUGGGAGAUGGUCCGAGGGAAUUCACCACAAACGACAAGAAUUCCGGAUUCAUAAGCAUCGAUUGUGGGGCACCAAAUGAUUACUUCGACGAGGCAACGGGCAUAUGGUAUCAGACAGAUACAAACAUUGUAAAAACUGGCACAAUUUUUAAGGUUCUCCCCAGUGUAGACGUUGAUUAUUCUUACUUUGGGGGACUUCUAACCACCUUGAGAAGCUUUCCGGAAGGAAAAAGGAAUUGCUACACUCUCAAACCAAAACAAGGCAAGCACCAUACUUAUCUAAUUAGAGCUUAUUUUACAUAUGGGAAUUAUGACGGCAAAAAUCAAACUCCAACCUUCGACUUGUACCUUGGCGUCAAUCGUUGGGAUACUAUUACUGUGCAAAGACUUUAUUCUGUUGUUGAGAUUAUUCAUACUCCCACAACAGACACAAUUCAUGUGUGCCUUGUGAAAACUGUGGUUGGAGUACCUUUCAUUUCUGCAUUGGAGCUUCGACCUCUUGGCAAUUCUGUUUACCAAACUCCAUCACCUUCUCAAUCUCUUUUAGUCAAUCGAGGAAGAUUUGAUGUUGCCACCACCAAUUCCGCCACACACAGCAGGUACAAGGAUGACAUCUAUGAUCGAAUGUGGCGCGAAAUCGAUUUAUCACCGGGUUGGUACCAGAUUAAUGGGUCUGUAGAUAUUGAUCCUUCAAUCACAAACAAUCCUUAUAAGUUACCGUCAGAAGUUCUGAAAUCAGCAGCCCAAUCAUUCAAUCACUCCUAUGGAUUAAACUUUGAUUAUGAUUCUGUAUGGAAACACCUCGACAAGUCUUCCAAAUAUUACGUCUAUUUUCACUUUUGUGAAAUUCAGCAACUUGCCCCUGCGCAAAAGAGAAUACUGAAUAUCAAUGUCACUGUUGGUGAUGAAUACGUUGUCUCCCAACCUAUAAUUCUUGAAUACUUGAAACCACAAACCAUUGCUCCUCGAAACGCAAGUCAAGGUUAUGUUCGUUUUAGCAUCAACGCAACAUCAGAAUCCGAUGCUCCCCCAAUCCUUAACGCUUUUGAAGUUUACGAGUUCAUGUCACCUCUAUAUUCGCCAACAGACCAAAGAGAUGGUAAGAUCUCCAAUUUAGAUUGGCAAGGAGACCCCUGUGUUCCAAAACUUGCUUGGGAUGGACUGAGCUGCAGUUCUGGUUUCAAUGGCACCAAUUCGAGGAUCACCUCAAUGAACCUAAGUGCGACCAAAUUGACAGGGCAAAUAACAACCUCAUUUUCACAACUUACAGAGUUAAGAGUCCUUAGAUUUCUCACAGGUCCCAUUCCCAAGGCUCUCAAGGAAAAGACAGAUUUGCAAUUGAGGUUGGAGGAUAAUCCUGGCCUUUGUCCGGAGGAUUCGUGCAAGAAGCAGAAGUUUGUCAUUCCACUUGUUGCUUCUUUCAUAGAAACACUUCAAACAUAUAAUCUUUCUCUCCAUAUAUCUCGCGAGCUAUGUUUAUUUUGCCAAUUUUCUGGGUGCUUGAUAGUUCAUACUGUUUGUAUUAACAUUGCAAUGGUUAUAACUGUUUCUACAAAUGAAGAAUCGUUGCACCCAAAAACUCGAGCAGUUUCUUACUCCAGAAUUCUCAGAAUCACUAAUAAUUUGCAAGACUUAAUUGGAGAAGGAGGAUUUGGAAAGGUUUAUUAUGGCGCUCUAAGAAAUAAUACUCAAGUCGCUGUGAAAUUACUUUCUCAAUCAUCAAUGCAAGGUUUCAAAGAAUUUCGAUCUGAGGUAGAACUCUUGAUGGUUAUUCAUCAUAGACAUUUGGUUUCUCUAAUCGGCUAUUGUGAAGAAGUUGGUGUGAGGGCAUUAAUUUACGAAUAUAUGGCUAAUGGCAAUCUCCAACAGCAUUUAUCAGAGGAAAACCCUAAUGUCUUGAAAUGGAAUGAGAGGCUUCAAAUUGCUUUGGAUGCUGCACAUGGAUUGGACUAUUUGCAUAAUGGUUGUAAACCACCAAUUGUCCAUAGAGAUUUAAAAACUUCCAACAUUCUGCUAAAUGAAAAGAUGCAAGCCAAGAUUUCAGACUUUGGACUAUCUCGAGCUUUUGCAACUGAUAUUGACACUCAUGUAUCAACUCGUCCAGCUGGCACAUUAGGUUAUCUUGAUCCUGAGUUUCAGAGUUCUGGAAACCUGAAUAAAAAGAGUGAUGUUUAUAGUUUUGGGAUAAUUCUACUGGAACUAAUCACGGGUCAACCAGCAAUAAGGAGAGAGCAUGGCACCAUCUGUCAUGUUCUUCAUUGGGUUACCCCAAAAAUUGAAAUCGGAGACAUACAAUCCAUCAUUGAUCCAAGAUUACGGGGAAAUUGCAGCACCAAUUCAGCUUGGAAAUUAUUAGAGAUUGCUCUGUGUUGCACUCCACCAUCUGCAAUUCAAAGGCCUGACAUAAGCCAUGUAGUUGCGGAACUAAAGGAAUGUUUGGCUCUAACCGAAAGCAAGGGGACAAUUUCAACCAGUUCCCUUGAUAGGUUUUCUUUCAGUUCUGAUUCAGGGCUUGUUCCAUAUGCUCGGUAGGUAGUUAUUAGGACUUUCAUAACGUUGAACCGCGCAAACCAAAUGUCGUAUUUACAUUGUUUGUAUAUAUGUUUGAGUCGAACGGUGGUUCUUCUUGUUACUGCUGCUGGCGGCUGAGCUUGCC